UUUUCUUCAAUGGGAGCUACUAGUAUGAUGCUAUCUGGGUUUUGCUCCAAUACGACAAUCCCAUCCCUUCACAGUGCCAAAAUCCCAUUCUCUGCAACCGUGUCUCCUCCUACUAUUUCUUCCACAUGUUCUUUUCCUCAAUCGCACAAGUGGGUCAUUUUCAGAGUAGGCUCUUGUAGCCGGACGAUAAGAGCUUGUCGUAAUAGUGUAGUGGAAGCAGGGGGUGGUUCUUCCGGUGAAGAUUUGAGGAGUGGUACCAGAAGAAAAAAGCUCGCUGUUUUUGUAUCUGGCGGAGGAUCCAAUUUCCGUUCCAUUUAUGAGGCAUCUGUUCAGGGAUCGAUUCUCGGCGACAUUGUUGUUCUGGUCACCAACAAGAGAGGAUGUGGAGGUGCUGAAUUUGCAAGAGAGAAGGGUAUCCCUAUUGUCUUAUUCCCCAAAACGAAAGAUGAGUUUGAGGGGAUAUCUCCGGCUGAUCUUGUAGCUUCCCUUAGGGGAUUUGAGGUUGACUUUGUCCUCCUAGCAGGAUAUUUGAAACUCUUACCAGCAGAGUUGAUACGGGCUUAUCCCAAAUCCAUUCUUAAUAUCCAUCCAUCUCUUCUUCCGGCCUUUGGAGGCAAAGGUUAUUAUGGCAUGAAGGUGCACAAAGCAGUUGUUGCUUCUGGGGCAAGAUUCUCAGGUCCUACAAUACACUUCGUCGAUGAGCACUAUGACACAGGACGUAUUCUUGCUCAAACUGUUGUUCCUGUGCUUCCUAAUGAUACUCCUGAGGAGGUGGCGACUAGGGUUCUUCAGGAGGAGCAUCGCCUAUAUGUGGAGGUGGUUGAAGCAAUGUGUGAAGACCGAAUAGUUUGGCGGCAAGAUGGUGUCCCUCUCAUACAGAGCAAAGAGAAUCCAAAUGAAUACAGAUAAUAAAACGCCACAUCCUGUCCUAUAUUUAAUGGCAUAAAUGCUUGAGAUUUUGAAUUCAUGUGCUGUAGAGGAAAAGUACACAUACAGUCAUGCCGGCAGUGCCAUCUUCUUCAUUCUUUCCCGCAGCAUCGGUUUGUGGUUUACUUGUGGAGAAUGGAGUUUAUGGUAGUUUCAUUAAUUCCAUCGCGGUGCUAAUUUUUCAUGAGAGUUCAAGAUGAUGACCAAUAUUUAGUUGACAAAGUUUCCUAAAUUAUUGUAGUUGUUGUUUUUGCCAAAAAUAAAAGGACCAUUAGUUUUAUUUAUUAUAUUUUAUAUAUCAUUAUAUUAGAUUAGAUUUUCAUUUUAUAAUUUAUCAUAUGUCGUCUAUGGAUAAUGAAAAAGGACGACAAUCACUUUCUCCCGUAUUUUGGUCAAUUUUCAAUGGUUAUUUAAUUUUUAGGUGAUACUUUUAAUUGUUGAAAAUAAAGAGGAGUGUUAAUUAAAUUUCAUACUUUACUCUUUGAA